ACUCAAAAUGACGCACGUAACCAAGUAGAGAUAUUAACUUAUACAUUCCAAAUAAGACAAAAUCUUCUUUGUGAAUGUUUUACGAUCAUUUUAAAGUUGAUCUGGUACGGAGAAGUUGAGUUGAAAGUCUCCUUUGUAACCGAAGCAAGACUGAUUCGUCACGAUGGGAAUCGCUAAUCUGAUUUUUGUGUGUCUUUUACUGAUGGAAGGAGCUUUACUCAUCGAGAGCAGUUUAGAAUGUCAAGACCUUCAGGAUGGGAAGUUAUGCUUGGAAGAGAAGAAAGCUGGCAACUGUUUUGAACUUCCGUGGAGUGGAUCAUGUCGGAAGACUUGUGAUCUUUGUGAUAAGUGUUAUAAUGCUCAGAACAUUGUAACUUGUCAAGACGAAUUCGAGAAAGGAAACUGCGGAGACACUGAAGUGGCCCACGUCUGCAGCCAGACAUGUAAAGUGCUCUCCUGUGCUCAGGAAGCUACCAGCGCCAGCCAGCUACCUGAUGCAUAGUGGUUAAAAUGAAGAGAUGAUGACAUCAGUAACGUCUAUUAAUUUAUCAGUCGUAAAGAAAAUGUCCACUGAAUCUCAUUAGAUAACAUUUCCGAGAUGUUCAACAACUUCACCCUCUCCAUCUUUCCGUCGACUAUAAUGUAGGUAUAAUGUACAUCUUUCGUUGAGAGACUGACCCAGUCACGCGCUCCUAUUUACAACUCGUUCUCAGUCCCCAUCGUGUUUUCGAAGUGUAUUUUAAAAAAACCCGUCUCUCGUCUGGCUUUUUAUUUCUUUUCUUUUUUACUCAAAACGUUGUGCCUAAUGUAUUAGAUUGAAUAAAAAUGUUUCCAUGGGUA